ACACGGCGGGCCUCGAGACCGCUCGCGGCUGGCGGGGCCGCGGUGGCGGCGAGCGCUCGGCCCCCGCGUCCCGGAACUUUGCGCCGUGGAGCUGCCCCUCGGCCGGCGGGCUUUCUGGGUGCACGCCGGCUUCCAGCACGGCCCGGGGGGAAAGUGGUUACGGCGAGGACCCGGCAGAGGGCCGCGCAGGGGCUCGAGCUGCUCGUGCCGCUUGUCACCUCGUGUUCUCCCCGGGGCUGGACCUCCGCGAGCGGAGAAGCGCGAACUUCUGUGAAAUGCCGAGGAGGAAAGUGCCCCUGAGAUGAGCGCGACCGGAGGUGGCGGGCUGUGGUGACUGGUCUUCCUGCAGCGCGGUGGCGGGGACCACGAUGGGAGGUCCUUCCCUGCCGCCGACUGCAGAGUGAGAAGCCGGCGGCCGGCCGAGGGCUUUGGCGCGCCAUGGACCCCCGUGAAGGCCUGGGAGCGCCCGGCGGCGACGCUCGCGAGUCCAGGGGCGCGGGGCGCGGAGGGACGCGGGGCCCGGGGGGCCGGCGGCAGGGAACGCGCGCCGAGAGCGGCCACAGGGAACAAGAUCGAAACAGAGUUUCAGAAGAACUUCUAAUGGUUGUCCAAGAAAUGAAAAAAUACUUCCCAGCGGAGAGACGCAGUAAACCAAGCACCCUAGACGCCCUCAACUAUGCGCUUCGCUGCGUGCGCAGUGUGCAAGCAAACAGUGAAUUUUUCCAGAUUCACAAUCUAAACAGAGCAUCUGAGAGGGAAGUGACUGUGUACAGUCUGAAGGAGCUGGCCACUGUUGCUUCUGAACACACUUCUAAGAACACAGAUACCUUUGUGGCCGUGUUUUCGUUUCUUUCUGGAAGGUUACUGCACAUAUCUGAGCAGGCUGCUUUGAUCCUGAAUUGUAAGAAAGAUUUCUUGAAGUCCUCUCACUUUGUUGACCUGCUUGCCCCUCAAGACGUGAGGGUGUUUUACACACACACUGCCCGAGGUCAGCUUCCUUUCUGGAGCAGCUGGACCCAAAGAGCAUCGCAGUACGAAUAUGCUCCAGUGAAGCCCUUCUUCUGCAGGAUCCGUGGAGGUGGAGGCAGAGAGCACGAGAAGCAUUACUCCCCGUUCCGGAUCAUCCCCUAUUUGGUUCAUGUACAUAGCUCUACCCAACCAGAAUCAGAACCUUGCUGUCUAACGCUGGUUGAGAAGAUUCACUCUGGUUAUGAAGCUCCUCGAAUCCCAGUGGAUAAAAGAAUUUUUACCACAACACACACCCCAGGGUGUGUGUUUCUUGAAAUAGAUGAAAGAGCAGUGCCUUUGCUGGGCUACCUCCCUCAGGAUCUGACUGGAACCUCUGUGUUAGCAUGCCUGCACCCUGAAGACCGGCCUCUGAUGGUCACCAUGCACCAGAAAGUCUUGAAGUAUGCAGGCCAUCCUCCCUUUGAACACUCACCCAUUAGAUUCUGUACUCAAAAUGGAGAUUACGUCAUACUGGAUUCCAGCUGGUCCAGCUUUGUGAACCCCUGGAGCCGGAAGGUUUCCUUCAUCAUUGGUCGGCAUAAAGUUCGGACGAGUCCACUAAAUGAGGAUGUUUUUGCUACAAGAAUAAAAAAGAUGAACAGUAAUGAAAAAGACAUAACAGAAUUACAAGAACAAAUUCAUAAACUUCUGUUGCAGCCUAUUCACAUGAAUACUUCCAGUGGCUAUGGGAGCCUGGGAAGCAGUGGUUCGCAGGAGCACCAGGUCAGCGUGGACUCUUCCAGCGAGUCGAGUGGGCAUUGCAUGGAGGAAGUGCAGAAGGAGCCGAUGACCUUGAAGCAGGUCUACGCCAGUGUGAACAAAAUUAAGAAUCUGGGUCAGCAGCUCUACAUCGACUCAAUGGCCAGGUCGUCAGUCAAGCCAGUGAUGGGGACAUGCCCAGAGCCCUCUGGUGGUGAUGAACAGAAGACCUCUUCUUCCUCCCCGACACUGAAAAAUAAAUGCAUGUGCACUGAGUUUUGUGAGGAUUUGAGGAAAGACCAGCACAGCUCAUCAUAUCAACAGAUGAACUGUAUUGACAGUGUCAUCAGGUACCUAAAGAGCUACCAAAUCCCAGCUCUGAAAAGAAAGUGUGUGUCCUCCACAAACACCAUGGCUUCGUCAUCAGAAGAGGAGAAGCUGAGCCACCAGGCAGACGACACCCAAGCAGUGCAAGCUGUGGCACAGACCCCUGCCAUGCCUCAGCCGAAAGUACCCACAAAUGGACGGCCCACCGAGGCUGAAGCAGACCCGGCCGGAACCCUGUCCACUGCCACACUGAGCCUGGGGUCAGGCACCAGCCAGUGCAGCUACAGCAGCACCAUCGUCCAUGUCCCACCCCCAGAGCCAGCAGAGGAUGCUGCCCUAGGAUAUGAACCCUGGACCCUAAACACCCAGCCAGCUCCUUUCACUGCAGAAGAAUUCAAACAUGUAGGGCUCACAACCGCCUCUCUGUCAGCCCACACACAGAGAGAAGAACAGGAUUAUGUGGACAGGUUCCGGAAAAAGAUCUUCUCCUCGCCCUAUAGCUGCUAUCUUCAUUGCGAAAGCAGCAGCAAGGCCAGACGCUCCUGUGUUCAAGGAGAUUUCACUUCCAAGCAGAGCAGGUUAGCAGGAUGUAGAAAGGGGAAGCACAAACGAACGAAGCCACCAGUGCCCUUGGGCAGUAGUAGCUCCAGUGACAGCUUCUGUUCCCAGGCUGGGGGACCUCUUCAGGAUGUGCUGCCCUGGUGCCCUUCCACCCCGUCUUCUGCCUGUGCCUCGGGCUUGGGGUUCCCAGCUGCUGUGAUGGUUCCCAGCCAGUCCUCUUACCUCCUCCCAGCUUUUCCCCUGCCAGCCUGGGGAGCUACACCUGAAUGUCCACCUAAGCCACCUGUGUCCAGUGGCCUGCAGCAUCUGCCUGCUCUCCCUUCCCUGCACGUGGAUACUUUGAUGACCUUUUUUUUGCACGACCCCCAUAUCUGUCCUCUGUGGUCACCAUCAUUCUCUCCAUAUCCAUUCUUGGGAGCCACAGACUCUUCUGAAAUUCCUCCCUGGGUAUCAGCAAUGGCUCCAAAUCUGGAACUACCUCCUUCAGUCAACAGUGGGAGGGUGGAGGAAAAAUGGGAGAUGCAAAAGGAAGAGCACCUGUUCAUCAGUUCUCAGAGCAGCUCACCACUGCAGCUAGACCUACUCCAUGAAGAUGUGCCCGAGUCUCCUGAGCCUCCAGACGCAGUGAGAAGGGAUGCUGGCCCUGAGGCCACAGAUCACCGUGUUUCAGGUGGCGGUGGCAGCAGGAGCAGUUCUGCUGGUGGUGACCUCUCCCCAGCCCCACCCCACAAGGUGUCUCCAUCUGGAGCUGGUUCUGCAGCCGCAGGAAGCAGUGAUAGCUGCAUCUUCUUCACUAGUACUGAUUAUUCUUCUGAAAGCUCUGAAAAUGGGCAACAAUCUCAGGAUACACAGAAAACAAACGCCUUUCACAGUUUAGCUGAGGAUCCCAUCUGGAAAAUGAUAGCACAAACUCCUGAGUGUGUUCUGAUGACGUAUCAGGUGCCAGAGAGGGUUAAGGAAGUUGUGCUAAAAGAAGAUCUAGAAAAACUGGAAAGCCUAAAACAGCAUCAGCCCCAGUUUUCUCCUGGGCAGAAAGAAGAGCUAGCAAAGGUGCAUCCUUGGAUUCAAAGCCAGACUGUCCCUCGAGGAAUGCAUGUCCAAAGCUGCACCACCUGUGAAGACAGAGGUUCAGCUGGUGACACUGCAGAGGCUCCUGGGCCGCAUCCAGGAGAAGACAGCAGCUGAGCCACCAUGAGGAUGUCCCUGCACAAGCUUUCCAGGGCACGUGUGACAGGCCUCCCUAUGUGUCUCUAAAGCUCGACUCACAAGUGACCACAAAGUCAUCAUCAACAUAAGACUUCCCACCGUGCUUUUUUAACAGACAUCAUUUUUCUGAAGCAGAAGCAGCAUUGUAUAUCGAAUCUUCUCUUUGUUCCUGAUGUGUUAAAACUGCCAAUUAGACUCCUUUUCUAGUUUAACUGCCUUCUAGAGAGAUUGGAUUGCCUUUAAGAGGUGGAGAUGCAACUAUUACUAUCCUGGAAAAGAAUUAGCUUCAAGACCACUUGUAAGGCGCUUGAUCGGUGUGAAUCAAUUUAAGGUGCUUUUCCAGCAUGAAACGUGGCCAGUGGGCUGGCCCUACACUGUGCAGUCAUCACCGAAGCUCUGAGGGCUCUCGUAUUGGAUUGGAGUCGUGGGCUACGCUGCCUGCGUGCAGGGGCGCAGGCUGCGGGAGUGGGCGGAAGCCACUCAUGGCCGCAGCCUGACAGCGGAGCUAGGACCUUGUCUGCAAGACAGCACACAAACCCUCCAUCCGAAAGGCGUCCGAGCAUGUUCUCAGCGUUUCUAAUACCAGCGAAACCUGUGAAGUCUGAUCAUGGACAGGUGCUUAUGGCUUGAAGGGUCCUUCACAAAGGAGCAAAGAUUUGUGACAAAAAAUCCACGGUAAACUUCUGCCUGCCUGGAAUCUGGGAGAGCUCAACUUGGACUUUUAUGAAAUGAGCAUGUAUCAAAAGGAAAAGAUAAAGGCACUUGGAAGACUGUGACAUCCCUGCCCUGCUGGCCACUUUCCUGACCUUUAAUAAGCCCGUUUGUCUCAGCCACACAUCAGGGCCUGCAAGCAUGGAGACCUCAGGGAGAGGAAAGAGCAUUCCGCAAAGCUGGACGGUAUCUGUGAAGCAGGGCUAAAGGACCCCAAGACCCUGCAGGUCAGCGUCUCCCACAUGCCACCAGAGCUGGGACACAGCUGUGGACAAAGGACAGGGAGCUGGCCUCGAGAGCCUGACAUCCAAAUCAGGGCUGAGAAAAACCUGGAAAGAACGGGCCGGCAUCCACCCAAGGGAGCGUGGGGUGGCAGGAGCCGGCAGCCCAUGGGCCUCUGGCCUCUGCCUUCAAGGCCUGCCUCCCACCCUCGCUGGGGAUUGAACCCAGGGCCUGUGCAUGCAAGCAGCGUUCCCUGCACCCUCAGUGGAUUCCAUCUCCAGACAGCGCUCUCGUAGCUCAUCUGUAAGAGGCAGCUCCUUGUCCCUUGAGAUGGCAGCAGUCAGGCCCCACUUCCGGCUCCACUUCCAGUCCCCCUGCUGUUCCCACCGCACCUGCAGCUCCUCCUCCACUGGAAUCCGGAAGCCCUCGAGUGGGCCACAAGCGCUGGACUCUGGUGAAGUGCUGGUGUUCUGACCUCCUCCCAUGAAUCCCAGAUGCUCUUAAUGUCGUCUUGAAUGGCGGGUCCUUUCCAGAGGCGUCCUGUUGACUUUGCCCAGAUCCAUCAGAGGGACACUGUUUAGUGUACUUUGCUGUGUGCAGUGCUGGGCCUCACGCAGGCUGGGCAAGCGCUCUGCGCUACUGAUGGCAGCCACGGCCUUAGGAAAUGUGUCUCUGUGAUAAUCAGACCUAGGAUCUACGUCACUCCUGAUCGGGAGCUGCACAGUGAGGCUGUUGGCAGGCAUGAAAGGACAUCAAUCUCGCGGAGCAUCUCCCCAGAGCCCCUGGGAGACCAGCGCGCUGUAGGCGAGCAGUAACGCUUGGAAAGGACUCUCAGGCAGCGGGCUCCACGGUGGACGUGCUCAGCAAGCCACGUGACAACAGGGACGUCACAGCCUUGGCCAUUCCCUUUAUGGAGCACAGGCAGCAGAGCUGUGUCAUUCGGAAGGCCCCAACGGGCUUCACCUUCCCCUUGAAGUCACCAGCUGCCUUCGCCCCUAACAAGGAGUCAGCUGUCCUUUGACGACCUGCUCAGGCGCUGACUUCUCCGUAGCCAUCAAAGUCCUGGGCAGCACCUGCUUCCACAGAAGGCUGCUCCGUCUACACUGGAAAUCUGCUGCUGGUGCAGCGGCUCCAUCAGCCGUCCCAGAUGGAUCCUGGGGACAACUCUGAGCUGCUUCACCGCCCUUGCUGCGUCACCUGCACUGGGACUGGUGGAGCCUCAGGAGCGACCUCCGCAGCCUCGGCCGUUUCUCCUGCAGCUGCCUCACCUCUCGGUCCCCCAGGAGGGAGAGUGGGGGCCUGGCUCUGGCUACACCUGGCUCAAGGGAACGCUGUGGCUGGUUUGAUCUUCUGUCCCAACUGCCAAAACUUUCAUCAAUAAAACUUCCUACAGCAA